AUGAGCAGCCUCAUUGAAGAAGCAGUCAAGAAGCUGACCAGCACGGUCGAGAGCCUCGAGUCCAGAAUCAAGUCUCUGGAGGACCGCGCCGCCGGUGGUUCUGGCAAGCCCACCGCCGAGGAGGUUCGCAUGAUUCUCAUUGGCCCGCCCGGUGCCGGCAAGGGCACCCAAGCCCCCAAGAUCAAGGAGAAGUUCAACUGCUGCCAUUUGGCCACUGGCGAUAUGCUGCGAUCCCAAGUCGCCAAGAAGACUCCGCUCGGCCGGGAAGCCAAGAAGAUCAUGGACCAAGGCGGUCUCGUUAGCGAUGACAUCGUCAUUGGCAUGAUUAAGGAAGAGUUGGAGAACAACAAGGAGUGCAAGGGAGGUUUCAUCCUCGACGGUUUCCCCCGCACCGUCCCCCAGGCCGAGGGUCUUGACGCCAUGCUCAAGGCGCGCAACCAGAAGCUCCAGCACGCCGUCGAGCUGCAGAUCGACGACUCUUUGCUCGUCGCCCGCAUCACUGGCCGUCUGGUCCACCCCGCCAGCGGACGUAGCUACCACAGCACCUUCAACCCUCCCAAGAACUACAUGAAGGACGACAUUACCGGAGAGCCCCUUAUCCAGCGCAGCGACGACAACGCCGAGGCCCUCAAGAAGCGUCUGGCCACGUACCAUUCCCAGACCGCCCCCGUUGUCGGUUACUACAAGCAGACCGGCAUCUGGAAGGGCCUCGACGCGUCGCAAGAGCCCGGCCAGGUCUGGAAGAACAUGCUCGAUAUCUUCGAGUCCCAGCGCAAGGGCGGCCACGCCUCCGGCAUUCUCAGCCGCGUUACUGGAAAGAACUAG